AUGCCCUCCACAAGCGAGCCCAGCCCUCCUCCAGCAGGCCAGGUUACCCGAUUACCGGCUCCUGACAUUCGAGCCAUGAAGGAGUUUAUGGCUCAGCUUAAGGGGCUGAUCUCAACUCCAGGUUUUAGCGCCAUUUCGACAGUUUACGAUAACAACACAGAGCUGCAGAGUCAGCUACAAGCCAAGGAUGAGGAUAUUAAGAAACUAAGGGAGGAGAUGGAAAAGAAGGAAAAGAAUAAGGAAAUAGCCAUCAACGAGAUGUUUGCAGCAAAUGAACAGGAGAAAAAUAAGUAUAACAAAAUAACUAAAGAGGUGAAAACCCUUCAAGACGCCGUUGGCGAAAAAGAAGAGAAGCUUGCUGAGCAGGAAAAAUCGAUGCAUGAACUUACGAGUAAUCACACGAAGCUCAAAUCGGACUAUGCAAGUCAAACGGAGGAUCUUACACGGUCCCAAAAAGCCACCGGCGACCUAGAAGAAAGGCUUAAGGCGAAAGAAUCAUUGAUUGACAGGAUGAAAUCAGCAGGGUCGGAACAGAGACAGAUACUCGAGUCACAUAAAAAGAAGUUCAAAGAAUUGAAGGACCAGAUAUCCUCGUUAGAGAGCUCGCUGCAAGCCAAUCAAUCUCAACUAAAGAAACUGGAAUCGUUUGCAGCAGGAUAUCAGGAAAUGGAUGAAGCUUCCAUCGUUGAUAAGUUUGACGAGCUUUGGGCCUUUGCCACAACAGAGAUGCACUCAUGUUUGAUGGAAGACUUGUCUGGUAACGUUCUCCAGGACCGCGCAGCCUGGGACGAUUUUAGGAAGUGGACUGACACUCUCCGGCACCGUGUCCCACUCCCAUACUCCAACUCCAAGGCAGCAAAGGAUAUGCGCCUAAUUCUAGUUUUGGCUGUUCUUGCGAGAGAAAUUGACCGUCAGAUAUUCCAACCAACAUAUAUUCUCCCUGAAGAUAACCAGCUUCGAGAGAUACUGGUUGAUCUUGCAGCAACAGACAGGGAGAAAGAGCUAUUCUGUCGGUGUUUGCUUCUUUCAGUUGAUCCAGAAGCACAGGCUAAGGCUUGUCGUUCCCGGAUUCAAGCAGUUGUAACGAAUACAUCGCCGUGUUGUUUCAAGUUGCUUUCGGAAUCAAAGUAUGAGGAGUUCCGUCGGUGUAUAGAGAAAAUUGCCCACAGAGCCGCGGAUGUCUGGCACCCAAUUCAACGCGCCAAGUGCAAGUAUGAGCCGGACUUUGAACCAACAGAGUCCGGAGACACCGAGUGGAAACCCUUUGUCUUCCCAGGAGCCCCAGACAACGGGUCAGCGCCAGAAGAGAGUCGUUCAAGUGAUGGAGCCCAAGCUGAAGAGCUCCUUACAGUGUUUCCUUGUAUCUCUGCUAUCGAGGAUAACUUGCGCUAUCCAUUGAAUACUGUCGUUCAGGUCUGGAAGCCACUACCGCACAUCAAAUCGUGCGCGGAGGAGGUCUAUUACUUCUAG